AUGAUCUGGCCAACAGAGACGCCAAGCCAAGCGCAGCGCCGGGGAAGCCGGUGGGCGGAGAGGCGGCGGCGGCGGCACCGGGCCCUGCGGGAGGAAGGCCGGAGAGCCGGGGAAGGGGCGGGCGCACCUGGCAACUCCUCCUCCUCCUCCUCCUCCUCCCCGGGGAAAGGAAGCGAGAGGCGGCCGGAGCGGCGCAAAGGUGGGAAGGGGAGCCCGCCGGCCGGCCGCAGCAAAUGGGGGAUCCGCCCGGGCGCUGAAGGCGGCGGCGGUGGGAUCAGCGGGGCCAUCAUGUUCAACCGCGGGUCGCGGCGCCGGAGAUCCGCCCGGAACCUGCCUGAAAUUGAGGACCCCGACCGAGGCCAGCCGUGCCAGGCCUGCGGGGAUCAGUGCCCAGGCUUCCUGGUGCAUGGAUGGAGGAAGAUCUGUCAGCAUUGCAAGUGCCCUCGGGAGGAGCACGCUGUGCGGAUGGUGCCCGUUGACAUGGAGAGGAUGAUGUGCCGGCUCAUCUCUGAUUUUCAGCGGCACUCCAUCUCGGAUGACGACUCGGGCUGCGCAUCCGAGGAGUACGCUUGGGUGCCCCCAGGACUUAAGCCCGAGCAGGGAAAUGUGUGCCUUGAGAACUGGAAGCUUGAAAAGGUCAACGCUUGGGCCCGCUGCAGAUAA